CGGCUGCUCCCCGGUCACACUGCCGCCGCCCGCCGGAGCCGCGCCAUGCACGGCUCGCCCUGCUCGGAGAUGGGAGAUGCGUCUGCGGUUGACAUUGUGGACAUCUAUGAAUCUAUCCGUGAAAGACAGCGUCAUGACAGCGAAAGGUCUACCUGCAGCACCUUGGAGCAGAACGACAUUGAAGCUGUGGAAGCACUUGUUUGUAUGAGCUCCUGGGGUCAAAGAUCUCAGAAAGGUGACAUAUUAAAGAUAAGGCCACUUACGCCCUUCUCAGAUUCUGGUGAUUUCACAAUGCACGCUGAGGCUACAUCUGAAUUACCAAAGGACUAUUUAUCUACACUGUGCAUGACCCCUCCGCACAGCCCUGACUUUGUUGAGAUAUCAGCUGCUAUGCUCCUCUCCUCACAAGUCACUUAUUCCAAACCAAGGACUGUCAUGGCAAAUACAGCUGCCUGCUCAGUCACAUCAGCGACUGGUGCCUCUCCCAUAACCAAGCCGUCUGUUAUCAACAUGGAGCGACAGUGCAGUCAGAAGCCAGUGAUGUCUGAAUCCUUUGCCCCUCAGCCUUGCAGGGCCAUGGCAACAAGCGUCAUACGUCACACAGGUGAUAGUUCUGCUUACCAUCACACUCCUGCUGUGCAAGAGAAAACAAAGGUAACUUCAGGCUACAGCACUUCCAGAGACUGCUGUGGAGUGGAUGACCGAAGACAUUCCAGACUCCCACAGGACACGUGUGCUGCGGAUGGUUUAAUUAACAAGACCUCUCCGGUACAUCAACCUUACACGCAUGACUCCAGUGAUACUGCAGCCAAUAAAGAACAACCACCAGUCCGGCCCGUUUCGCCACAGACCCACUUACCAAAGAAUUGUGAGAAUGACUUGCAAAAAAAAGCUACCCCAGUGACACCUGCCCCUGUUUCAAGCCCCCAAGUCCUCUGUCAAAUGAUCCCUUUAAAUGGACAAAGCAGUAUGAUCAAUGCCUAUGUCAAGCCUUCAACUCCAACAGUCUCAACUCCCAUGAAACCUAUUUUACCGCAGACAGCCCCGCUCUCUCAGCCUGUACUCAUGGGACCUUCUGUGCCUCAGGGGACCGUCAUGUUGGUUCUUCCACAGACUGCUGUCACACAGACACCGCAGUGCCCGCAAACAGUAAUGACUGUUGGGAACACCAAGUUACUGCCCCUUGCCCCUGCUCCUGUGUUCAUCGCUUCUGGUCAAAGCUGCGCCCCCCAGAUGGACUUUUCUAGACGGAGGAAUUAUGUUUGCAACUUCCCUGGGUGCAAGAAAACCUACUUCAAAAGUUCCCACCUCAAAGCUCACCUUCGCACCCACACUGGAGAAAAGCCUUUCAGCUGCAACUGGGAAGGCUGUGACAAGAAGUUUGCCCGCUCAGAUGAACUGUCACGCCACCGUAGAACUCACACGGGAGAGAAGAAGUUUGCUUGUCCUGUGUGUGAGCGUCGCUUCAUGCGCAGCGAUCACUUGACAAAGCACACCCGCCGCCAUAUGACCACAAAGAAGAUCCCCAGCUGGCAGACAGAGGUUGGCAAACUCAACAGAAUUGCCACAGCAGAGAAACCGAAAAGCAGCGGUGCUCUGAGUAUGCUCAUCCCCAUGCCGUCGUCUGUCUGUCAGGGCUAGUGAGAGAAAGCUCCUUCUCUACAAACUUUCUGAAGAUCAGGAAGAGCUCUGAUGGCUACAACAGAACUGACAAUGGCUUUUUUUCCCUGCGUUUGUGCAUACUUUAGUUUCCUUCAGUUUAGGUCCUCUGUUAAUAAUGCUGUGUGAGAAAUCUAUCGUAUCUUUCCUCAUCCCUUCCCUAUUUGUUUUUUUCAAUACUUGGGCAAAUGCAAUCACCAGCACUUCAGGAAAGCAGAACUCUUUGGAAAUGAUUUUGGCAAUAGGUUAAAAAAGUCACUAGUAAUGCUUGCUGUUAAUAUUUUGAUGGACAGUAAAACAGGGUGAUUUUUAAUUUUUAUACUAGUAUUUUCUAUACCAAAUAUAUUUUGUAUUUAUUCAUUUUGGUCUUGAUAUGCAGGCAAAUUACUUGACCUGCAUUAGUAGGGGUGUGCAGGAUGAGACCCAGAGUUUUGGAAACUCCUUUUCAGUAAACCUAAAGAAUUGCAUUCAGAGCAUUUUGUAAACACAUAAUAUUAGAUAACCCAUAGUGGUUGGGAUUUUCACACUUGCAGAUCCUGAUCCUGCAAUGGGCUGGUGCUGUUACACCCUCUUUACGCAGGUGACAUUGGAGGUUUGAGAUCGAAGUGUGUCAUCAUUUUUAAAACAAACCAAACCAGAAUGACUUUCUUUCAGAAAACAAGUGGUGAAAUCCUCAACACUUUAUAAAUUCAUACUCUUUGCAAAUGAAAGCCAUUGUGACUUUUGGUAGAAGUUUGACAUACUGGGCAUUCCUGAGUCCACACUCCACCGGAGCAAAGUUUGGAGGAGCCAAACUACACAAAACUGUUUAGAAACUUUGACACUAAAAAUUAUGCUUUACUUUCAGUCCUACUAAACCAGCAUAUCAAAAUCUACUGAAAAAUGCAAAAAUGGAAAGAUAACCUGUGAAUAAUUAGCUGGGUCUCUGUUAUAUAUUUUUUUUAAGUACAGGAGAAAUAUAAAAUUAAGGUUUUUAUGUAUCGUGGAUGCUUGUGCACCUUACAGGAAACUGUUCAAGGCUUUCAUUUGCUUGCAUCAAAGCACCAGAGGAAGUACUAAUCGUGUCUUGACUUAAGAAAUAGCCACCAUGUCAACUUGAUGAUGCUCUUCAUGUGGCCUUAUACUUCUCCACAGUACUUUGUAUAAAAUCACCCUUUUCUAUUAAAUGAGAUACUCUCCCUGUUGAAUGGAUUUUCUUUUACACCAAGUGUAAAUAUGGCUAAGAAGUGGAAUCACUGGCUGCAGGAAUGCUGUGUUGUAAUGGCAUCAUAUGAGUAAUAAAACGAAAUGCCUGUAGCACAGUUGGACUGCUCAGUUUCCGUGGUGCGGAAGAAUGUCCAUACGUGUUGUAGCAGAGCUGACAGUAGAGCUGUUGUGCUGUGAAGCACCAGGUGGUGUUUUGCUGGGAGACAGCUCACCUGCCGAACAAAAGAUUUCUGUAGUGUUUAUUCCUUCUGGACUCUUCUCCCUUCAGCCACUCCUGCGCUGACGCUUAGUUGAGCACUGAGGAGGACUAUUCUUCCUGGAUGUGUAAAAUGUGGAUAACUAGGAAUGCACUCUCUCUUGCACGGCUUUGUUCUGAAAUCCUGGUCUUGCUUCCCAGUGUGGGCAAAGCACGGUUCUCAUCUAUGUAAGUGCAGGCUUGCUGAUCUCAGCUAGCACUCCCCUGAAAUCAGCAGAGACCUAUUUCAGUUGAAAGCAGAGUAUGUCAUCAUUUUUUACACUUAAGUCUAUAGUUAUAAUUAACGGUAGUAAGUUUUCAAAAUGCACUAAAUUGGAGUAUUGUGCUAAGUGUACUAAAGUUUUUGUGCCUGACCUUUAAGAUGCCCACACCCUGUUCACUCGACACACGCUGUAAUCCCACUGACUGCAGCGUACGAGCUGGUGAGUGUGUGUGCGUAUGCAAACCUCGCUUUGUGCUCUCCAAAGGGCUCGGUUGAAACCCCUCUUCCUGGUAAAGUGGAUGCCUGUAGUGUUGCUGUUCUCUAUUGAUACCCAGUUUUCCAAAUUCCUGUGGUGAGGAAAGAGGCAUUGCUGCUCCUUUUUUUUUUUUUUCUUCUUCUUCCCGCAGAAGUCCCUUAGAACAAGAAGUUUGACUUUUGGAUGCCAUUUUAGCAUGCUUUUAAUGGGGGGAAGAGCAUCCUGUCUCAGUCCAGUAGCCAAUUUAGUACUUCAUUUUUUUUACAGACUGACCAUUUAUGGUGUUCACCUGAGCAAAACAGUUUGGAAACUUGUGUCAUAAUUUAGUAAAUUGUCAUGUUAGUUUGUUGCAUCAUGGGGGGAAAAUGAUGGACUGGAGAAUGUGGAAUUUAAAAAAGCAUCGUGUAUGUGUGUGAUGAUGCGGAAAAGUGACGUCUCCCUCUUUGUUAGGUUUACGUGGCCUGCGAUUCCUUGCAGCCCGCUCCUGUGAGGUGUGCGCUGCCUCCUGCCACCCGUGUCCGGGACAUGCGGCUCUUUCUCUUGUGGAUGUGCAUGAAUAGCUGAGCCGCGGCGUGGCUGCGUCGGCUCUGUUUGCUCUUUCUGUUCCUUCCUGCUGUGUAAGGGUUAUUUAUGGAUUAAGCAUGACUGGGAUAACUGCUCUCUUUGCACUUUACCGCCUGAACUCUAUUGUUCAGUCUUUUUAUUUUGAGCCUAUAUUUUAAAGAAAUGGAAUCACAUUUUUGU